AACACGAAUGAUUGGGCGCUUGUAUAGCACACAAAAUCAGACGAAUCUUAAAUUGGUGAGAAUCUUGAUGUUAAAAAAAAGUGUUCAAAUAGACUGGGCUCACACAAUACAGAUCAUAAUCUUAGUUCUGUUAAAUAUGCAGAUCAUUUCCUGAUCCAUCGAAACCGAAGCUGUUUUGACAUGCUUGACUGUCGCUGAGGUUCAUAUCACAGUAUUUGCGCUCACCUGCUGUCUUACUGAGCUGUCCAGUGGAGAAAUGAGUGAGCCUCUUCUUAACCCGUUGACCGUCAUAAGUACGGGUUCCUGCUUCGCCUUCUCUGGACUGUUUUAUAAACUAUACUCGGAUAAAAGGCAAGAAAUAGAGAAGUUGAAGGAGAUUCCAAACUUUCAGCCAGACCAUCACCUGCUGAGGAUUCUCAAUGCAUCACCCAACAAAAAACUACAUUAUGUUGCUGUAGAAGGUUUAGUGCAGGCCAUCGGUGAGCCCAUUUCUAGUCAGUAUGUGCCACGGUGUCAUGGUGUUAUACAGAAAAUUUCUGUGCAUGAGCACUGGAAAUAUUGGAACUCGUAUCUUCAGUCAUGGGUCUCCAAAAAAGUGAACAAGAAACAGACCACCAAUACGGUUCCCUUCAGUCUGGUCCUGGCCGGCUCAUACAUCAGUGACGUAUCUGUCCGCAUCGACUCUCCUCUGGAAGCGAGCGGCGUUUACAUGGAGCAGGUGCACAGGCGGCUCCGGCAUGCUAAAGAGGGUUUGGUGGACAUCGUGGUGCAGGAGUUGAGCGGAGAGAAGCCUGUAGCUCAGGAGGAGCAGGAGGAGCUUCUGCGGGUGGGGGCAUCCCUCACAGGGUUUGGAGAACUCGUGCUGGAGCAGGACAAGGUGAUGAGGUUACAGCCACCCAAAGAUGGCCGCAGCUAUGUAUUGAUUCCCAGUGAUUACAAGAGCUUCAUCCAGCGACACGAGAGCAGCGCCAGCAUGUGGAAAGGGCUGACAGCACUGUUUGGAAUCACAGGGUUUACGCUGCUGGCUGGUUUUAUCCAUAGUGCCAUUAGUAAGGACAAGAAGAACUAAUCAAACUAGUCUGGUCAUGUGUUACACUUGUAAUAACAGAUGAACUGGGUCGUGCGGUUUUAACAUUUGUUGUGGCUCUUCACGUGGGAUUUUGUUUGGUAACUGACUUCAAAAUGCUUUCAUUUGAAUAAUGAUCAUUUUUAUGGUGAUGUUUGUGAUUGUUGAAGAUAAUUAUGAAAUAUGCAAUAUCAUGAGAACAAUGAACAACUAUGUCCUACAGUCUUUGUUUGUGAAAAUGUAUCCAAUGAAAAUAUUUUUCAAGUUAUAUACUUAAAGGAGUGAUCAAGAUAAUCUUCUCAUUACAGUUUUAUUUUUAUAAAUCUAAAAUCAAUUGCCUUUACUGAAUGUUAUAAUCUGUUUCACUAAGUUGCCUCCUGAAUGUAAAUGAGCUUAACAUUACAAUGUAUAUGCAACCCAAUUUGCUAUUGUAAUAUCACAUUUUUCAGUAUUUUCAGUGUAGAGUACUAUUUUAUUCAUUGAGAAUUAAGGUGUUCAGUUUGUAGUCCAAAAGGCCGGAGAAGAAUUGGCAUUUUCGUGCUAUUGGUUCCCUCAGGAUUUUCCUAGUAAUGUCAGUUUUGUAUUUAUGAGUAAAAUGAGGUCUGUGUUAAGCAUUACUUGAAGAUACUUGGACGUUUUGUUCUACAACAUAAAUUUCACAGUCAUAUCUCAAACGUGAAUUUUUAAGCUGCUGAUUUUUUAAAAAAGGAUGUUGCUAACAUGUUACUAGAUGAGAACUACAACUGUUUUCCCUUUCGUUAGGCUUGUUCACUCACAUGCUUGGGGUAUUUCAGGGUUCCCACUUUUUUCAAGGAACAGUUUUCCAGGACAUUUCAUGUGCCACACGGGUGUAAUAUUUAAGCAAAAACACACGAGAGGUCAUUAAAAUUCUGGAUAUUGAAGGGUCAUUUUUGUUCCGUAUU